AUGAACAAUGCUCAGUUCAAUAGUAGUAGUAGUAGUAGAAGCAGCAAGUUUAUAAAAAUAAUGACAGUAAUGGAAAAUAUUAAAAAUCAUUCAUUUUCAAUAGAUGAUAUUUUAAAAUCAUCGACAACAUCAAAAAUUGAAUUAAAUUUAAAAAAUCAUUCAUUAUGUACAGAUACUCAUUUGACCAAUGAACAAAAAUCUUGUUGUACAAGACCAUAUCCAUUGAAAGUAAAUGAAAAAGCGGCACUCGAAUAUUCAAUUGCUUUAUAUAGAAAAUCGUCAGCAACAUCAUCAUCAAAAUCUUUACAACAUAAUCUACCAACAACAGCCAAUGGAAAACCGUUUACAAAUUGGUUUGUUCCAACGAAUCAUACAACCUAUUUAUAUAAUGAACUGAAUUAUCCAUUAUUAAAUUUUAAUAAAGCUUGUACAGGUAUACGGUCAACAUCUUGUAAUGGAUCAAAUUUAAAUAAUUGUCAUUUAUCACCAAUGCAAGUUAAUUCACCGUAUCGUGAUUUAGAAACAUUUAUUCAUCAUCGACGGUGUAGAAGAACGCGAACAGUUUUUUCUGAUGCUCAAUUAAUCGGUUUAGAAAAACGAUUUGAAACACAAAAAUAUUUAUCGACACCCGAUCGAAUCGAGUUAGCCGAUACAUUAAGUUUAUCACAAUUACAAGUAAAAACUUGGUACCAAAAUCGUCGUAUGAAAUGGAAAAAACAGGCUCUUCAACAAUGUAAACAAGCACCAACAAAACCGAAAGGACGUCCAAAAAAAAAUUCAAUUCCAUCCUAUGCCGAAAUUAAACGGCUUGAAAAUGAAGCUGCUGCUGAACAACAAACAAGAGAUACUCUAGAAGAUAGUUCAUGUAUGUCAGACACAAAUUCAUUUCUAAGUAGUGAUAUACCAUCGAAUGAUGAUGAUGUUGAUGAUGUACAUUCAAUGCACGAUGAAUUUGUCGAUAUUGAAAAAUAA